GCUCUCUCUCUUUUUUUUUUUUUAUGUUGAGAUUUUUUUCCCCCUCCCUCCUUCCUCCGCAAAGGUUUCUCUCUCUCUCUCUCUCUCUCACUCACUCACUCUCUUUUAAAGUCAGUUACAUUUGCCUCGGUUUCCUCUCCCAUCUCUCAGCCUUCGCCCCCUCCUCCUGCCAGCGCUCCCGUCUUUAUGUCGGGCUUCCCGGAGACCUUUUGAGGUCUCGCCGCUCCUUUUGUUUCUCCGGCUGAUUUUUAAAUGUAUAACUUGAUGGGUCUCAACAAUACCGGCGGACCUAACCAGCCUAAUGUCUCCUGUACUUGUAACUGCAAACGGUCUUUGUUUCAGAGUAUGGAGAUCACGGAAUUAGAGUUUGUACAGAUAAUCAUAAUUGUGGUGGUCAUGAUGGUUAUGGUGGUUGUCAUCACGUGCCUGCUGAAUCACUACAAACUUUCUGCAAGGUCCUUCAUCAAUCGGCCCAGCCAAGGACGGAGAAGAGAAGAAAACCUGUCAUCGGAUGGCAGCUUAUGGCCUUCGGAAAGCACAGUGUCAGGAAAUGGUGUAACAGAGCAGCAAGUCUAUACACCUAGGCCUACCGACAGACUAGCCGUCCCAUCCUUUUUGCAGAGAGACCGCUUCAACAGAUUCCAGCCAACCUACCCUUACAUGCAGCACGAAAUUGACCUGCCCCCUACCAUCUCCCUCUCGGAUGGAGAAGAGCCGCCUCCUUAUCAGGGGCCCUGCACCCUGCAGCUCCGAGACCCCGAGCAGCAGAUGGAACUCAACAGGGAGUCGGUCCGAGCUCCUCCCAACAGAACCAUCUUUGACAGUGACCUGAUAGAUAAUUCAGUCUAUGGUGGGCCCUGCCCUCCGAGCAGCAACUCGGGCAUCAGUGCGACCUGCUACGGAAGCAACAGCCGAAUGGAAGGGCCUCCUCCCACGUACAAUGAGGUCAUUGGCCAUUUCCCGGGAUCUACGUUUUACCAGCACCAGCAGAACAACAGUGGGGUGCCUUCGUUCCCUUCGCCUUCGCCCAUCAGCAAUCUUGAGAGCACAACGAUGUGGAACAAAGAGAAAGACAAACAGAAAGGGCACCCUUUUUAAAAGAAAAAGAAAAAAAAAGAAAGGAAACACUCUGCACUUCUUGAUAAAUAGGAGGGGGGUAGUAUAUGGAGACGGGGACGGGGGGGCAGAACCAAACACCCUUCUCCACCUCUGUGUAGUAUAAAUAUUUACAUGUUAUGUUUGGUCUGAAUGCACAAGCCAACAAAACUUGCAAAAACAUUUCUUUGUUGAGCUCUGUUAGGAAGAUUUUGAUUUUUUUUUCCUUUCUAAAUAAAUCUACAGCAGUCCUUUCCCGCCCCCGCCCCCUCCUCCUCCAUUUUCCCCUUUCCCCAGUUUUGUAUCUCGUUGAAUCGCGCGUGUGGAUGCUACAACUUCUUUGUUUUGUUUUGUUUUAUUUCACUUAACUUUAAAGAUUGAAAAAAAAAUAUUUGCACAAAAACAUUUGUUUAAAAAUCUGCAAUAUAUAUAUAAAUAUAUAUAUUAAAAAAAAGUAAGAGAAACUGUAUGUGUGUGGGGGUGGGAAGCAGGAGUAUUUUUAUAUUAGAAGAGGCCUAUUGAAGGGGAAAAAACGAUGUGUUGUGGUUUUUUUUUCUGAACUUAGAAUAUAAAACAUGGCAACUUUUGAGAGCCGACUCAAGAAAGCAUGUAUGACGUUGUAAAAAAAAAGUGAGAAAGAGAAAAACAAUAGGAAAAAAAGAAAAAAAAACAAAAGCAGGGGUUUAGAAUUAUUUAUAUAAAUGUUGAAAUUUUGCACUAUUUUUUAAUAUAAAUGUGUCAGUGCUUGUGUUGGUUAGAAAUCUCUUAUCCUGUCUACCAUAAAUCUGUUGAGGAAAGUACGUUGAGGUCUGAACAGAGUCCUGGGGUGGGUGGGCGGGAGGAGAAAGACUGCAUAUUGUGCAAAAUUUUCUUUUUUUAAUUCUUCAGAGUCACAUGACCCUCUCUUAGACCUCUGGUAGUUCCUUGAGACCUAUCGACAAGUACAGACGGAUGCCUAAUAAAAGAGACCAGAACCCAUCAUCUACAUGUAUUUCAUUAACUGUGAAGGGGCCGAGCAUGUAUAAAAAUGGCCCCUUUAAAAGAAUUGAACAAGGUAAUUGUGCCCAUGCCCCACAGUUUCCCCCUCUGUGUGCUUCAAAAGGGGAAGAGGCCAUUUCUACACCUGUGAGUACAUGUUUCUCCAUUGAUCUGAUGCCUAUGUAUUUUCUUUAUACUGUUUUUUUUUUUUUUUUUUUUUGCACUUGGGUGUUCAUUCCCAGGCUUGUCAAGCAGCAUAAUGCUUACAUAAUCCUACAUUCCCUAUGAAAUCUUUUUUUUUUUUUAAGGGAACAUUAAACAUGUGAAAUUGAUUUAUGGCUAUUGGAAAGCAUGAAAAAAAUAAUAAUUCAAAAAUGAAGAGCUUAAUUGUGCAAAACGUUAGCACCGUGUGUUGGGCCCAAUUGGAAGGGUCUGUUCAUCCUGAACUUGUGUGCAGUUGAGAAACACUGAGUUAGAACAAUGCCUAAGCAAGACUUUUCCCUCUUGAUAUUUCUACCACUUGUUCUCCUUCCAUCAAAGUAGAAUUUGUCUCAGAGUUGAAGCUAAAAGCGACUGCUUGCUUAGAUAAACUACUUUUCUGCUCCAGAGCUUUGAAGCACCUAGGUGUUUUUAUAUUUUGCAAAAUCCAGCCCUCCAAAAAGCAGACUGGAAUUGUCUGUCCUAUUUUUAUUGUCUUGUUAAUUUCAGGAAGGCCAUAAAAGCAUACACGGUCAUUAAAUUAUUUUCUUUUUUAAUGACCGGGUGAUGGCUUCUAAUUGUCAUCAUUUUUUUUU